CCCACGGCAUCAUCCCAUGAAAUCCUAAGCGAGAUGCAUCAACUGAUCAACCAGACCAACACCGGUACUUGCCUCCCCACCAGCUGUAUUUCCAUUGGCGUGAAAUCCCUCCCCCGCGAAAGAAUGACCAAGAUCGGAAACCAGAUGGAGGGUCACAUUACCCUUGCAAACAAUAUAAGACGGCUCUGUCUGUUGUUGAACAGCCUCUAACCUUCCCACCCCCUCUCCUCUGCAUCAUCUCACCAUGGCGGAGAAUAUCACCGAGAAUCUGUCCCCCGGACAUGGCAACCCCACCACCGACGACAACAAACCCGCGCACGCCACCGCCCACGUCGAGCGGGUGCUGUCCCCCACCGACCUAAAAGAAGGCGUCGACGCCGCCCGCGUCGAUGAGGAGAUCCAGGCCUACGCGGCGCGCGGCCGGGUCGAGGUCGACGAGGCGACCAGCCGACGGCUGCGACGCAUGAUCGACCGCCGCGUGCUGGUGGUGAUGAUUCUGACGUACUUCCUGCAGGCGCUGGACAAGGGGACGAUGUCGUUUGCCUCGAUUAUGGGGAUCCGGGAGGAUGCGGGGCUGGUGGGGCAGCAGUACUCCUGGCUCACUACGUGUAUCUACAUCGCCGUCCUCGUCGUCGAGUACCCCACCAACUGGAUCAUUCAGCGCGUGCGCAUUGCCAAGUACCUGGGCAUUAAUAUCGUCCUCUGGGGCAUGACCCUGGCACUGCACGCGGCGUGCAAGAACUUUGCCGGGCUGGUGACGGUGCGCACGCUGCUGGGGAUCUUCGAGGCCGCCUGUCAGCCCUCGUUUGUGCUGCUGUCCAGUAUGUGGUAUAAGCGGGAGGAGCAGGCUGCGACUGUGACUUACUGGUACAUGAUGAACGGGGGCCAACAAAUCGUCGGCGGAUUGCUUGCCUACUGCUUCAGCCUGAUCGGCCGCCACGGCCCCACCGCCCUGAAAUCCUGGCAAGCGCUGUUCCUGACCUACGGCUGCAUCUCCAUCCUCUGGGGCUUCUUUGUGUUGUGGUGGAUGCCCGACUCCCCCAUGAAAGCCAAGUGCUUCGACGAGGAAGACAAGCACCGCAUGGUGGAGCGCGUGCGCGCCAACCAGACCGGGCUGCAGAACAAGACCUUCCGCGCGGACCAGAUGUGGGAGGCCUUUCAGGAUCCGCAGAUGUACUGCUACUGCGCCAUCCAGGUGUUUACGACGUUGCCGACGAGCGGGCUGGGGGCGUUCGCCAACAUCAUUAUCACGGGGUUUGAUUUCACCGAGCUGCAGACGCAGUUGCUGGCGAUGGUGCUGGGGUUUUAUAUCAUCUUUGUGCUGUUGACCAGUGCGUAUUUGGUGAAGCGGUUCCAGCAGAAUACUUUGGUGAUGUUGGGGUUUAUUGUUCCCUCCUUCAUCGGCACCAUCGUCCUCAUGACCGUCCAAAGCCACAGCCUCGGCACCAAAGUCGGCCUCCUCAUCAGCUACUACAUCACCUUGUCAUUCUGGUCCGCCCAGAACCUGUGUCUGUCCAUGGUCACGCGCAACAUCGCCGGCGCCACCAAGAAAUCCACCGUCGUCGCGGCGACCUUUGUUUCGUGGGCGGUGGGCAAUGCCAUCGGACCGCAAGUCUUCCUCACCCGCGACGCUCCUAGAUACUUCAUCGCCUUUGGCGUGCACCUGGGCUGCUACUCGGCGAUGACGCUGGCUGUCAUCUACCUGCGCUUCUACUUGAUCGCGCAGAAUAGGAAGAAGGAGCGGUUGUUGCGGGAGAACGGGGUGCGGCUGGAUGGGUCGGCGGAGGGGGAGGAUCAUUUGGCGCGUGCAUUUGAGGAUCGGACGGAUCGCGAGAAUUUGCAUUUCCGGUAUAUUUAUUGAUCGGUGGCUGGUUUCGAAGGAGGCGAUUGGGGAGAUGGGUUUGUGUUGAGGAUUCGUGGGGGGUCGGUUAUAUAGUCUA